CAGUUUACUUUUUACGCUCGCACUGAAAGGAUUUGAAGUGAAAACGUCGCCGUCAAAGAGAAAUAAAAUUUGUGAAAAAAUUCACAAAGUGAACAAACAAUAAAGCCAGGGAUUUCUUGAAAAUUUUCUACAUCAAAACGUGGUGGCUUAUCAUUGAGUUGUUGCUUUAGAAAAAGCCUUGACAUGGGUAAAGAUGACGCAGAGACAAUCGCUUUAAAAAACGAGCUCAACGAGUUGAUUGCUCAAAUUAAAGUAGAACAAGAGAAGCAAGCCGAUUGUAAGUUAGCAGAAAAAUGUAGUGACAUGAGUGACGUUCCAAAGUGCAAGUUAUCCACAAAAAAGAGUUUGAAAGGUCACAUCAAUAAAGUCAAUUCAGUUCAUUUCGGUGGUGAUUCUCGCUAUUGCGUUUCGGGAUCUCUAGACGGUAAAUUGAUUAUAUGGGACACGUGGACUGGCAAUAAAGUUCAGGUCAUUCCAUUACGUUCUUCUUGGGUGAUGAGCGUUGCUUAUGCAACAUCGGGAAACUUUGUUGCAUGUGGUGGGAUGGAUAACAUGUGCACCAUUUACGAUGUUAACAAUCGCGAUACCACAGGAAAUGCGAAGCUUGUGCGUGAAUUAGCCGGAUAUGAGGGCUUUCUCAGCUCAUGUCGCUUUUUAGACGACAAUCAUAUUUUAACUGGCUCCGGUGACAUGAAAUUAUGCAUUUGGGAUUUGGAAUCGGGUAAAAAAACAUCAGAAAUAAAUGCAGCACAUGGUGGCGAUGUCGUAUCAAUUUCAUUAUCUCCCGAUGGUAACCAAUUCGUAACGGGAAGUGUUGAUCGGACAUGUAAGCUAUGGGAUGUACGUGAUUUGAAACAAAUACAAACAUUCUUCGGACAUAAUGCUGAUGUCAAUAGCGUAUCAUUUCAUCCAAAUGGCUUUGCUUUCGCCACGGGCUCUGAAGAUAAAACGGCUCGUUUAUUUGAUAUUCGUUCUGAUCAGCAAAUCGGUCAUUACGAGCCGCCAAACCGUACAUCUGGCUUCACUUCGUGUGCUCUUUCAUUGAGUGGUCGUUUUAUUAUGUGUGGUUCUGAUGAUAAUAACAUCCACGUAUGGGACGCAAUGAAGGUCCAACAUAACGGCGUGCUGGGUGGUCAUGAGAAUCGUGUCACAUCGAUUUCCAUGGCACCGAACGGUAUGGCACUCGUGUCGAGCAGUUGGGAUCAGUAUGUUCGUGUUUGGGUAUAAAAUAUUAUUUCAGAGUCAGUUAAUUAAAUUAAAACAGAUUAAACAUUUAUUUUAACCAAAAUCCUACGGUCGAUUUAUGUUGUUAAAAAAUGAUAAAAAAAAGUUACUUAAACAUCGAAAUGAUUUCAGAAUCAAAUUAAUGAAAUAAUUGAUUGUUUAAAUUUUUUUUGGCAUCACAAUUAAUCGAUAACUGAGUGUCAUUUCAACAGCGAACUUUUAAUGCUGUAAGCAAAAAUUUACUCAUUGUAAUGAAGUUUUCACUAAAGCUAAAUGACACAUCCACUUAAUUUAUUACUUGAUUGAAAUAAAAAAAAAGUGCAAUAAACAAAUUGUGCAAUU